AUGGACAUACUCUCGUGCGCUGCCUUGGCAGUGAUUGAGUCCGUAGCUCUUCGCGCAUUGGUCUCGGACAUCGAUGUCGGGCCCCAAAGGAUCGCUUUCAUUGCGUUCGGUUUACAAUAUCUCGUCCUGAAAUGGUAUCGCCUAUUUCUGUAUCCGAAGUACUUCUCACCAUGGCGACAUCUUCCAACCCCUCCCGGAAACCAAUUCAUGUUAGGCCAUGCUGGAAGAAUAUUCAAGGCCGAUACUCCCGUGUCUCUGUUCGUCGAGUGGAUGGAGAGCAACCCCGAUGCUCCAUUCAUCCGCUAUCUGUCGCUCGGCCACAGCGAGGUGCUCCUCGUGAACAGUCCCUCUGCGCACCGGGAGGUACUGCAGUCCAACUGCUACUCCUUCACCAAGACGGACCGUCUGCGAAAGAUGAUCAAGCAGUUCGCCGGCGAAAAGAGCCUGGCGCUGCUCGAGUUCGACGAGCAUCGCCAACACCGUAAGAUGCUCGCUGGUAUCCUCUCACCAGCCAGCAUCAAACAGCUCGCUCCAAUCUUUACCGCAACAGUGAAAGAAUUGCAGAAUAUGUUUGACGCAGCGAUCGAAUCCAACGAUGGCAAGACGGGCGUCAUCGACUGCACGUACACCUACUCCAAAGCCACGCUUGAUGCAGUUGGCAUCAGCAUCUUUGGCGUGGAUCUCGCCCAGACCCGGAAUGCAGGUCUAGUCCGGCACGACAACGACAACUACAGCUUUACCGACGCCUACGAAGACAUAUUUGCUCCCAGUACUCUGGGCAAAGUCCUCUUUGCGCUGAACGCGUUCAUUCCGAUCCGCUGGUUGCCGCUCGAAGCGAACCAAAAGUUCAUGUUUGCCAGCAGAUGGCUGAACGAAACACUGGCCGGACUCGUACGCGAGAGACGGCAGAAGAUUACCGGGGCUAUCGCCGCUGGCAAGUACGACAAGCAAUCUCGCGACUUGCUGUCGUUCCUGAUCGAGGAGAGCCUGCCUGGCGGCACGGCCGCUGGCAUUUCAGACAGGCACAUCGCAGACCAUCUCCUCGUAUUUUUGGGCGCUGGCCACGACUCCUCAGCCGACAUGGCUUCUUGGAGCACUCAUAUCAUGGCAACCCGCCAUGACAUCCAAGAUCGCCUACGCGCUGAAGUUCUCGACCUAGUCUCACGCAAUCCCGAGCCGAGUUCCGCAGACAUCGAAGCUCUCCCGUACCUGAAUAACUUCUACCGGGAAUCACUCCGCGUGUACCCACCAGGAAUGACCAUGCACCGCCAAGCAGCCACCGAUCUGACAAUCCAGGGGGUGUUCAUCCCCAAGGGGUCCAUCUUCGACCUCGCGCCGGCGGUCACGUCGAUGAACCCACUGAUCUGGGGCGACGACGCGCGCGAGGUCAACCCGGACCGCUGGGACGCGGCGACUAUUACCAGCGAGCAGCUCGCCACGUGGUCGAACAACGUCUUCUCCAACGGCCCGCGCAUCUGCCCCGGCAAGGGCUUUGCCCAGCUCGAGCUCAAGCUCAUGCUGUUCCACAUGGUGCUGCACUAUCGCUUCUUGAGCGUGGAGGGGGAGUUCACGGUGGAGAAUCCGGCUCUGACUUUGAGGCCGCAUGGCUUGAGGGUUCGUAUCGAGAAGAUUUCCGGAUAG